AUGACAAACAAAUAUAGCUGCAAAAUAUGUGCAGUCACCCCAUUUAAUCCCAUCUCAAAGUCUUGCAAGUUAUCACAACUGACCACUGAUUUGUUGCUAAUGGAGGGAACUAAUGGUCACAACCCAAGUACAGAUAAGUCUACGUAUGGAAUAGAGUUUGUAGUAUCAUGUGCACCUUCCUCCUUAUUGAGAUCAUUUUCUCCUUAUGUUGGUGGUGUUUCAGCUUUUUCAUGGUCCACUUUGGCUUUUCCACGUCAACUUCAUAACCAUAUUGACAUGGCAGAUAAAUUUGCACUUUGUCUACCAAGCUCCUCAAAGGAUUCCGGGGUGACAUUUUUAGGUGAAGGACCCUUUUAUUUUACUUCUUUUCCGAAUCUUGAUCUCAGAAGCAUUCUUUCUUACACUCCAAUGGUUAGAGAGGAUAAGAAAUCACUUGGAUAUUAUAUUGGGAUCAAGAAGAUUUCAAUUAAAGGAAUAUCUAUUCCUUUACCAUCACUGAAAAGUGGUUCUGUGAAGCUUAGUACUGUCACUCUAUACACAACACUUAGAAGUGAUAUAUAUGAAGCACUUGUUUCAAGUUUUUCAAUGGCUACGAAAAACAUUCCUCGACUAAAAGCAGUUCAACCCUUUAGUCUAUGUCUAAAAUCCAGUGCUGUAGGAUCUGUUAGAAAGGGUUUUCAUGUUCCUAAGAUUGAUCUUGAAAUGGAAAGUGGGAAAAACUGGACAAUCUCUGGUGACAACUCGAUGAAGCGUGUUGGGAAUGGCACCACUUGUCUAGCAUUCAUCGAUGGUGGCUUAAAAAUGAAAGAGGCCAUUGUGAUUGGGACGUUUCAGAUGGAGAACAAUUUCUUGUUCUUUGAUUUGGGGAAUCAAAAGUUGGGGUUCAGCUCUUCCUUGUUAUCUCGAGGAACUUCUUGUGGCAGCUUCAACUUUACCUAUGUUCUAGAACAUUGA